CAUGUCAAUAUAAAAUAUAACCUAAAACAUUUUUAAACAACAAAAAUUUACAAAGCAAACAGUAAAAUAUUACAUUCACCAUUAUUUUCUGUUAAAAGCGUUUAAUAUGAAAGUUAACAUCGAAGAGAUUUACACGUCAGUUGCUUGUAAUCGUAUUCCAGAAAUAGUUGACUGGAAUAAUGGCGGUAUUGUUUGUUUCGGAGCUACUAAUGCUGUUGUUAUUUACGAUACGGAAGAAAAAGGAAAAAACCCCCUAAAAGUGUUCAGUCACCACAAAUCUAAAGUUAACUCAGUAAAAUGGAUUUGCAAACAAAAUGGUGGUUGUACUGAGUUUGUGUCUUGCUCUGCGGAUAAAACUGCUGCUAUAUGGAGUCUGGUGGAUGGAGUAUGGAAGGUUACAAGUUCUCUAAUUGGUCACACAGAUGGUGUUACUUGUAUUCACAGUAUUUAUACCAAUGGAGAAGAUUUGGUUGUGUACACUGGGUCUAUAGACUCCACAGUUAAAGUUUGGGAACGGACCAAUGGUGUGGUAUCUCUUAAACAAACAAUAAAUCUAAAUUCUGGGCUAUGUCUGACGCUGCAUGCACACAAGUUGCCAGCAGUCAAUCAGCCAGUUCUGUUCUGUGCGCUGGAUGACCAUAAGAUACACCUGUUUGCUGGUGAGGAGUAUCACAGAGUGCAUGUACUGGUAGGACAUGAGGACUGGGUACGGGGACUUGAUGUUUUAGAUGUUGAUGAAAGUUCAGUGUUGCUAGCAUCAGCAUCACAAGACACGUACAUCCGUUUGUGGAGGAUAUUUCUACAUACAGAAGUAGAGACCACAACUGAGAUACGAGUAGAACAGAAACUCUUCAAUGCUUAUGAAAAAGAUUGGUCAGUGAAGCUGGAAGCAGUUCUAGCUGGACAUGAAGGCUGGGUGUACGGAGUGCAAUGGCAUCCAAUGAAGUAUGAUCCAAAUACCAAAAGAAAUGUGCCAGUGUAUCGUUUAUUAUCAUCAUCUCUUGACAAAACCCUGAUAAUUUGGGAGCCGGAAUCAUCAGAGUUGGGGGAAGGGGCGUGGGUGGAGCGCGUACGCGUGGGCGAGGUGGGGGGCAAUGGCUUGGGCUUCUAUGGCAGUUGCUUCGGACCCAAUGGAAAAUCUUUCCUCGGACAUGGCUAUAAUGGAUCUUUUCACAUCUGGAAAUUGAAUGAGGAGUCUGGUGAGUGGGAGCCUUGCGCGGUGUGCGGCGGCCACUUCGGGGCGGUAGAGGACGCGCGCUGGGAGCCCCGCCACGGCCGGUACCUUCUCAGCGUCAGCGCGGACCAGACCACCAGGCUACAUGCACCAUGGACCAGACCUGAUGGGAGCGUGCGGUGGCACGAGACGGCGCGGCCGCAGGUGCACGGCUACGACAUGGCGGCGCUGGCGCCGCUCUCCGCCACAGCCUUCGCCUCCGCCGCAGAGGAGAAGGUCAUCCGAGUGUUCCAGGCACCUCACAACUUCCUGCAAAACUUUCAUAAUAUUGUCGGUGAAAAGUUGGUGGAGGAGGAAAUUGGUGGUCCUGAGGGAGCUUCAGUUCCUUCCUUGGGCCUGUCCAACAAGGCGGUGUUUAACGGAGAGCUGGGAGACACUGGGAACAAAGAAGAUAACGACGGCUACUUUGUUCCUGUCCAAUUAAACGCGCCCCCCAGCGAGGAGGUGCUGAUGCAAAACACACUGUGGCCGGAGCAGCGCAAGCUGUACGGGCACGGCCACGAGGUGUACGCGCUGGCCGCAGCCCCCGCAACCCCCGGCGCCCCCACCGCGACACUCCUCGCCUCCGCCGCGCGCGCCAACACACAAGAACACGCCGCUGUCAUUAUAUGGGAAACGACAAACUGGCAACAAAUACAGAAGCUAGUAUCUCAUACGUUGACAGUAACCCAGCUUGCGUUCUCACCGGACAGCAAGCAGCUACUGUCAGUGUCCCGCGACCGAAAGUGGACCUUAUAUCAACGGGAGCAAGGCACAGAUACGUUUGUGAUGUCGGCGUGCACAGACAAGAGUAAUGGAGUUCAUACGAGGAUCAUCUGGUGUUGUGCCUGGGCUAUGGAUGGGGAGGUAUUCGCUACAGGGUCUAGAGAUGGCAAGGUUUGUGUGUGGCAUAAAACGGACCAAUUAAGUGCAACAUCAUUGAGGUACCAUAGCCUUUGUGGGAAGCCACUGGAACUAGUUAACACGUCUGUGACAGCGAUCGACUUUGCACCAUUCACAGUCGACGAUAAACGGAUACUUGCUACAGGUUUUGAAUCUGGUGUAAUCAGGAUAUACAGCUUUUGUAUCGAUGGAUGGUGUUUGUUAAAAGAAUUGGAUAAUAGUGCUGCUCAUCAUUUAACUGUUAAAAGGCUAAUGUUCAAUCCUAAAAUAAAGGAAAGUGAAUCCAACAAAAGGGCACUACUGGCGAGCUGCGGAAGUGACAACUUUGUAAGGAUACACAAUGUUAUUGUAUCUGUUUAGAAAUAAAUAUAAUUUUUGUUAA